UGAACCCACGGUCGAUCCUGGAAGUCUCCUAUCCAAUUUAAUUUAUCUCAAACAAACCAACUGGGCUACUGGGGAAACCCCGUCUCUAGGAUUAUAAUGUAGUUUUCCUUUUUGGUGGAAUGAUAAAUUCUGCUAAGCAAACUGUCUUUAAUUUCCUUCUCGGAGUUCUACAAAUCUAAAAAGGACGCGGCUCGGUGGUUAAGUUGCUGUGUUUGUGCGACACACACAACCUUCCCAGAUUGAUCCGAUGGAAGACCCUGAGCACGUAUUCAGCAAUGGAUUAUAUUUGGAAAACUUGGCUGUGUCAACCAAUAUUCUUAUAGAUUCAUGGAAAGCGAUAUUUGAAUACCAAGGGAAGAACCCCGAUAUCAUCACUCGUAAACAUCAAGACUGCAAUUUCAUUGCCUUUGUCAGCUCACAGGUCACUACAGGUGAUCUUCAACAAGAAAGCAGUCUGGUUCCUAUAUCGGAGAUCUCUGACUUUAAGUUCCUACGCUCCGAUACCCAUCAAUCUUUUUCGAUAAAUGAAGCUGCUUUUUCUCAGUUUAACUCUCUCCGUGGCGAGUUCUCUGAACUACAAGAAAAGGUUAAAACCUCUUUCAGGUCGCCAGAAAAUAAUAAAAAAGAGAACCAUAUCCCCUAUAUUAUCACAGGACAUUGUCUGAAUGGAUCCAUUGCCUCACUUUUUACAUUGUCACUUCUAAACACGCUUGAUCCAACCAAAUACAACCUCCCCCUUUGCAUCACUUUCGGUUCGCCCCUCCUCGGGGACAGCCCCUUCCAACAAGCCAUAUCGCGCCAUCGGACAUGCAAUUCUUGCUUCUUGCAUGUGGUUCACAGGGAUGAUUGUGUCCCGAGAUUAUUCCUUGUUCCUCCCACCACUGGCCUGAGCUCAUACGAGCCUUUCGGUACAUUCCUUUUGUGCUCUGAAUCGGUUUGGGCAUGUUUCCAAGCUCCUGACUCUGUAAUCGAGUUGCUCAAAUACAAGAGCCCGGAAAUUGUUGCUGGAAAACAAGAGGCCCGAACUUCAGAUUAUAAGGACUUUAUUGAACUUCUUGAGAAAAUACCUUUCAAGAGGAAUGUUUCUAGCUUUCUCGGGCAUGAAGCAGACUCAUAUAAAGCUGGGAUUACUGCUCAAGUCACAGCAGUGGGCCUCUGGCCAAGUCAGCAGCAGGAUGAGGGCACCUCUGCUCUGAUUGAAAACAUAGGAGUGCACGAACGAAUCGUCACCAAGCGACUGAGAGAGGAACUUGAUAUUGCAGAACUGGAUGAAAUGAAAGUGUACCUGGCUUUUUUCGAGCGGUACGUGGGAAAAUGCAGAGCUAACGGUGAGGGUCCCGGUUACUAUGACAGCUUCAAGAAUGCACGGGAACGGCGUGACAACGGAGUUGAUAAGUACAAAACAUACCCGAUGGUCUAUUGGGAGAAGGUGGUUGAAGAUGCGGAGAAGCAUCCUCAACUACCGCGUGCGCCACUGCGGAACCGGUGGCUUUUUGCUGGGAAUAAUUACCGGAGGAUAGUCGAACUGCUAGACAUAGCAGAAUAUUAUAGAAGGGGCCGGAAGGAUUACUUAACUCGAGGAAGAUCCGAUCACUACAAGCUGCUACAAAAAUGGCUGGAAGAUCGCCCAAAAAAGGAGGAGAAAAAGGAUGGUCCUACUAAACCAAAAGGGGAAAAUGUGAUGGACGAUUCGUGCUUAUGGGCACAUGUGGAGGAGGCGAUCCGGUCAUGCAGGCGGCUGGACAGAGCCUCUUCAGAACAAGAGAAGUUAACAAAGUUUGAGGAGUAUGUUAUGGAUUUGAUCAAGAAGCACAAAGUUUCUUCCGACAUUUUUUUGGAGAAAAGCAGCUAUAUGCAGUGGUGGAAGGAGUAUCAGGACAAGGUUUCUCACCAGUCACCCCUCGUCAAUUACAUGAAGAACCGCCACUAUAUAAAUUCUGGUGAAGGUUCCCCGACCGAUUCAAAUGAGAAUCCGUCUGAUACCUCACGUUCUGGUCCUUCGACUUCUGGAGAUCCUCACGGCUCCCAACGGUUUUCAUGAGGAAUGGCCGACAUGAAAGUUAUGCUGAAGGUAUCCUGACCAAUCCAAAUGCUGAAGGUUAUGUUGAUAAGUAAACAUUUGCCAGUCCCAUGUCUGUAUUAUUAAGCGUUUUGCCAUAUUUCGAAACAUGGUAAGACUACAACAUUUAUCCAGGCCUAUAAGAUUAAUAUUGGCUACUGCCCAUAGCCACUGUGGCCCUCAUGAUAAGGACAGAAGUCACCAUUUCCCAUCAGUAUGGAAUCAAUCUGCUUUCUCCGCUGCUUGACCCGAAUUAUAGGACACUGCUAUGAGAAACGUAUGCAUUCCCAUAGGCUCCAAGUUUGACAAUCUAUGCAGUCAGAAUUGUCCGAUACCAAUAGGUAGAUCAAU